GCUCCACGUUUUCCUCGAUGCCCCUAAAAUAAAAUUCUGUGUAUUUUUAUGAAGCAAUUAAUUACUUGCUCCGUGGUUAUUGAGAGUGGAUUUUCUUGCAUGCUCCAGAAAUGUGCUUUGUCUGUCCUCGCGCAGUCCGCGUGCCUCAUCUCGCCGCGCUCCCGCUCACUCCGCCGCCGCCGCCGCCGCCUGCGACGGGGGUGGGGCCGCGAGGCGCGCUCACAAUAGCCACUUUGUUAAUUGCGCGUUCACGUGGCCCUGGCAGCAGUGUCUGUGACAGCGUCCGUGCGGUCGGAGUGUGAGUCGCGGGACGGCCGGUUCGAGAGCGACUCUUUUCCAGCCUGUCCGCUCCAGCCUUUUUUGGGUCCAACAGCGGUCCACGGGCGCGAUGUCGAACAACAGCGCGAGCAGCAGCAGCAGCCUCGUGAUCGCGCAGAAAGCGGUGAAGCAGCUGCGGCUCGAGGCGAGUGUGCGGAGGAUCAAGGUGUCCCAGGCUGCUGCGGACCUCAAGACGUUCUGCAUCCAGAAUGCGCACAAAGACCCCCUCCUCAUGGGAGUCCCGUCCAGCGACAACCCUUUCCGCCCCCCCAAGUCGUGCGUCCUUUUCUGAGGGGCAGAUGGCGUUGAAGGCCUGUGUGUACCGGGGCGCGUUUCUGUCUUCACACGGUCACUGUCCCGUAGAAGACGCCGAUCCCUGCGAACGCAUCUUCCAGUAACGCAGGGGGAUUUCUGCCCUUCAACGUCCUGCCUUAAAAUUCAAGGACCUCGACAUUAUUCUCUGACACUUAAAGCCUUCGCAGUUAUGUAGCUGCUCUUUUCUGUUACUGUACAUUUAGUUUUUCUGCUUUUUUUUCCAUGGAGAUUCUUCGCAGUAAGGACACAAUCUGCCUCUUCCUUUCACAAAGGGUGACGUUUUCAUUGCGUGCGACACUAAUUAUUAUUGAGCUCAAAUAAAGUGAUAAGAGCUUGAGGUUCUUUUUUUCAUUGCGAAUUGUGUGUUCAUUUUGUUUCUCAAAGUAAUAAUAUGAUGUCAGGUUCAAAUAUGACUUUGUGGUUGAGUUUGCAAGAUUGGUGGCAAAACUAUGCAAUUUUCAGCAGGGCACAAACACAUUAGGUACUAUAUCUUAAAUUUGCUACCUUCUAUGUGAGGUAUUUAUCAGAAUUUACUACAGUAGCUGAGCAAUGCAUAGCAUAUAUAGCUGUCAAUGCAGGAAUCAACAUAGCUGAAUGGGCUUUGGAAGUUCAAAAAGCUUUUUUUGUGCGUACUGCGACUGCUUUGGUCCUCUGUCGUCUUCCUUUUCUAUAACAUCUGUCUUUCUGCCUUCACUUUAAUUUUUUUCCACAUUAUACAUAAAAUCCAUUCCCUUUGUGAAUUCAACUGGCUUUUGCUGGCAGCAAAAACUCUCAUUUAGGGGAAAUAUUGAACUA